CCUUGGGAGGAGGGGAGACCAUGAUGUCAUAGUGAUGUCAUCGGUGUAAUCCAAUCUGCAUACAGUGCCACAGGAAUGAGCCCUAAAACCCAGCAAUUAGUUAGCAUUUUAACACUUCCGGUUCCCAGAAGUCUGGGUUUUUUGAAUGGGUUUUUGGUUAGAUGGCUGUAAUAAGGUCUGUUGUUAACACAAGCUCAAGACACUUUCACCAUUUCAUUUUACAACAUAAAAUACAGGCGUGAUUUCUUUAAGUACGUCUCUUAAAAAAAGCGCGGUUGCUAACAAGUGGCUAAAAGAGACUACGGAGGUUGUCGGGGGCUAUAAAUGUCAUACUCGCACUUUUGCAAACUAUUAAUAACUUUGUUAUUAUAGAGGAAAGGCUUUUGUAUAGAGGUAAGCCUGUUAAAUCAAACAUGAAGUUGAGAGCUUAGUGGUGGUAACAUUUAAGUCAUAUGACUGUGGUGUAGUUCGUUUAUAGCCUAAUAUUAGCUUUUUACGUCCGUCGAUUGUAUUUAGGCUUCAGAAGUCAUAAAAGUGGCGCCUUUUUGUAAAAAAUUACAGAGCUGAACAAAACGUGUUAGUAUCACAAACUUUUGUUUAUCGCAGAACUUAUUUUCUGUUCAACUGUUAACGGUACAACUGUUAAAACCAAGGACCUUAAAACCUCAAGUUUUGUGAAAGAAAAGUUACAUGUUGUAAAGGUUGCUAGGCGACGGUAAGAGCGGGGACAGCUGGUGACGCACAGCUAAAAAGUGAGGAGAUGACCGGCACUAGCUGAUUAGCAUGCUAACUUCAGAAAGAAGGAGAAAAUGGAGAGACAAGAAAAAAAGGAGAUAGACAAGAGUCACAUUGGCGUUGCUUUCGACCACUGGACACAGCUGUUGGUGAGUGAAGGAACGAAGUUUGAUGCUGAACUGCAACGUUUUCUACACUGGGCAGAAAACGCUGGGAGACAAAUCAGUUUCCCCUCAGCGGCGUGUUGGAGCAAAAUCAGGAGGUGAAGAAACCUGCUCAGUUCAUGUUGCAGAGGGUGGAGAAGGAGUAGCUGGCAAGCAGACAAAUCUGAAGGGAAGAGUGGAGGAAAAAAGACUGAAGAGGAAAAAAAACGGCACAGCUUAAGACGAGAAAGUGGGCUGUGGAGAGCCGGCGGAGCAGAGCGGCGGCAGGAGCGACUGUGGGCGGGGAGAGAGGAAGUGUGGUCGACAGGAGAGGAAUUUAAAGUCCCCAUUGUUCUGGAAGAGCAGAGGCAGAGAGAGCAGAGGAGCCAAACGGCCGACAGACGCUGGACAACAUGGACGUGACCUCAGCCAUGGCGAAGAUGUCUAUGAAGCAGAGUGCAGGAGGAGCAGGAGGCGUAGCAGCGGUGUGUCUCAUAUGUAAAGAGAGCUGCUCUGGAUUUCAGCCACAUUCUUGGAGGAAAGCCUGUAUGGCCUGCGGCUGCAGCACAGUGGACCACGCUCCUGGAGGUGAUCUCGAAGAUGACCAGCGGAUGGGACGCCUGCUCGCAGACUCACCCUGCUCCCAUUUGACAGCAAAGGUUAAAGGAGGUGGCGGCCUUCGCAUGUACAAGAGGAACCGCAUGAUUGUGACAAAUCCAGUGGUGUCGCGCAAAGACCCGACCUUCAACACCACGACCUACGACUGGGCGCCGGCCGGCCUCAACCAGAAACUGGCCAUGCAGUACAUGGAGCUCAUCCCAGAGAAUCAACGUCCGCUCUCGGGGACGAAUGGAGCAUCGGAGCGUCGCAGGCACCUCCUCAGCCAGCUCCCAGUCUACGAUCAGGACCCCAUGAAGUGUCAGAGCCUGGCCAGUGAGGAGGAGAUUUCCUCAAUGCUGCUGUUUGUGAAGCACUACAAACAGGAGGUGCUGGGAGUCGGGGAGGUGGCCUUACCUGGUGAGGGCGGAGCUCUGGGGGACGCAGCCGUCCAAAGGAUGGCAAAGGAAGCCAAGGAUCGCAGGAACAGCGACAAGAAAGACGCUCUGGAGCGCCAGGACACCGGCUCGACCAAUAGCAGCGUGUCCUCCACUACUGGUUCCACUAACGGCACGGACGAAAGCGUUAAGACUGAAUAUCGGUGUACUGGUUGCCAUGGUGAGGUUGACAAGGAGAGUCCAGCUGUUUACGCUGAGCGCGCAGGUUACCAUAGCGCCCUGUGGCAUCCCACCUGCUUCGUAUGUUCAGAGUGUGGCCAGGGAUUGGUGGACCUGGUCUACUUCUGGUCCAAUCAGAAACUGCUGUGCGGACGACACUACUGUCAGACGGUUUGGCCGCGAUGCUCAGGCUGUGAUGAGUUGAUCUUCUGCCAGUCUUUUCACUCGGCGAAAGACGGACAGACGUGGCAUCAUCAUCAUUAUUGCUGCUGGAAGUGCGGACAAAACCUGGAAACACCCUGCCAGCACUGAGACACAAUAUGAUGUUCAGUUUUAAGAAGUUUUAGCACUGCUCAAAAACAGAAUGACAAGAUGCUUCAGGUACAGUGAAGCAGUAAAAACAUUAAUACAGUAAAUCUUAUUAAUAUUGACUGUGGUUGGUUCGCUUGUUUUACAUUAAACAAAAGAAAGAAGUAAUGAAUAAAUAACACGGAAUAAGUAGACAAAAUGUCCAGUUGAUAUAUUUGUGUUUAAAAUACUUAAGACAUUUAGCUGACGUUGAAAUACUCAAAGACUCGUUCAGCUGAGCCCUACUGGUGUUUCAAGUACUAAACGAAAUUUUUAGUUGACACAAAAGUGUUUAAAGUACUUAAAGACACAGUUUGUUGAUUUAUUAGCACUUAAAGUACUGACAGUAACGGGAGCCAGAUGUGCUGGUUUCAGCCUCGAGUGUUGCAGAAACAAACAGCAGCUCACAGUACGGAGGACCAGGCCUGACAGUUUAGGAAACUAAUGAGUAAAUUAACAAAUAAGAUGGUAUCAGUGUAGAUUUGUGUUUCGCUUGUUGACAUUUACUUCAGGCACAAAUAAUCUUAUUGGUUAACUUAGACCUCAGAGAACUGGACAGGUAGAAGGCUGGAAAACUAACUAAUUAGUAAUUACUAGUGCUCUGCUGAAUUUUUUUCUUCUAGAUUUCAACCCUCUGCUUUUCAGUAGUUGUACUAAUUGUGCAAGUUGAAAGUUUUAUUUUACUACCAAAAGUGUAAUUGUCUUUAGUUUCUUGUCCUUUAUGUUCAGUCAAACUGCAGACUCAUUAUGCUUUUAGACUCUUUCAUGAUCAUUGAUCUCUGCUGCUGCUGAAUGCUGCUUUAUGUUAGUUGUAAUCCUGAUAAACUUUUGUAUUUUGGUUAAAAAGGUGUUAAAAAAAAGAAGAAGAUAAUCCUAUGUGUCAAAGAAGAAAGUACGGUGUAGGAGAGAAAAGUUUCUGGCUGCAAAAGUCCCUAAAAACAAGUUGGCCAGAAAUAAAAUCUUCGCUAGACAGAAGCUAAUUAAGCUAAUUAGCUUUUCUUUUGUUCCAUGAAAUAAAAUUAAUCAAUGCAAUCACAUAGCAUAACAUCAUCUAACAUCUGCUUGUGUUUUUUUAAUCCGUCUCUUACUUUUUGAAUUGAUUGCUGCUAGCAAAAUGCUAAUCGUUCAGAAACAGAGAUAAUAUGCAGUUUGACGUGAUUAGCUUAAUAUGUAGCAUAUAGGCAAUACUGUUCAAUACAAUGUUAUUGUAGAAUAUAGUGAUAUCAAAUUGAAUAUUGAUCUAUAAUAAUAAUAUCAUCUCUGUGUAUCCAGUAUGAAGUGUUUAGCCUAGCUUAGCAUAAACAUUGGAUACAGGAGGAAACUGUUAGCCUAGCCUAGCUCAGUCAGUCAUGAGAUGUUACACCUUAAAUGUACACAAAGAGAUGAGAUAUUAAUCUUUCUCUGGGUAAGAUGACAAACAAGGAUUUCACAAAAUCCGCUCUGUGAAGGAAAUUUAUUUUUUGUUGAAGUUUUUGCAGAAAUAAAAAAAAUAUCACAAACUUGCAGAUCACCAAAACUGUCGUAGCUCAUGUUUUAAAUUGCAGUGUUUAAAAACUGUCAUUAACAAUUCACAACAAGGAAUUACCACUUACGUAAUAAACUGUGCGCUAUUGCCAGAUUGUAUGAUGCCACGUUCAUGUCAUAUGGGAUGGAUAGGAAAGAUUCUCGUGUUAACGACAUGCAAGGGUUCACAUCAUUAAAACGGUUUAUACACGGUUGGUUGUGUGAGAAUUACAAGACUGUGCAAUGACAAUAUAACAUAUCAAGUAAAUUUAGGCCUUUGACUGAUGUGCGCUGAUUUGUUUGGUUUUCAGGCACUAACAUAUUAGAGCAGAUGUUUUGGAGCUUCUAGAAAUAUUUCCCAGCUGUAAUUGUGACUUGGAUGUUGAUGUGAACGUUAUUUAGAAGUGGGAAACCCAUAUGGCGUCCCGUGUGUUGUAGCUGAAACAACUAAUUCACUCCAUUCUCUGGUAGACAUGAGAGGCCGAACCAGAAGCUUAGUGUCUCUUAAUUUCUAUCUGCAAACCUCUGGCAGUCCGUCAUAUCUGGAGUACGAUCUCGGUUGUUCUGUGGACGACAUUUCUUGGUUAACAGUCUGGAACAAUUUAAAUCGCACUUCCAAAAAUCCCAACCACAAACUGAUACACUUAAAAUGUCUGCUCUAUCUGGAGGAGCUCAUAUUCUCUCCUGACUGUGAGCUCUGCCCUAAUGGGGACACACAGUCUUUACUGGAUAUGACAUAUAUGGAGGUGCCAGUAUCAAGGAUGCUUAAUGCCAAACAAUCAAUCAUCAGGGACUUGCUUCACUGACAAGGUCAUAGACCCUAUACGAUUGUUGUCAGGCACAUAACCAUACAGCGAUGCUUACAUUUCUGAUAGGACAUGAACAUGGCAGAUGUUAUUUGGUGCUUUGGAGGAAACUAUCACCAUUUCUUUGCAUCAAAAUCAUCACAGAUCAGAUGGUGUGAACAGAUAUUUCUGCUGAUCAUGUUUUCACAGCUGAUUGAUUUAGAAUAAAAAUGAUUUCUGAUUGAA